UGCAGUACUCCUCCCGGCCGACGGGGUGGCGCUCUUUUUUCUCAGGCAGUGUCCAGACAGGGAAAUGAAAUGGCUGCUUCUAGUUCAAUGCAUGGAAUUUGAGACACCGGGGAUCUUAUGAAACGGAUUUUAAAAACAGAACAAAACACUUUUGAUACAAAAUAAAAAGGAAACAAGUAAAACACUUUGAAUAUCAAAACAUCAGAGGAGCGCAAGCGAAGCAAGGACAAUAUAUUCGAAUAAUUGUAGCGCGCUAGUAUAUUUCUGUUUUUACUUUAGUUAGGUCAACAGCAAUAUCUGUUUUGUAACAAGGUGACCAGAACUGAACACAAUAUUCUAGGGACUGGGGCACUUGUCAGGAUAGAAGGGAAAAUGAAUGGGGCAAAGUACAGAGAAGUCCUCGAGAAAAACCUGCUGCCCUCUACAAGAAAGCUGAAACUGGGACGGAAGUUCACCUAUCAGCAUGACAACGACCCAAAGCACACAGCCAAAGCUACACUGGAGUGGCUAAGGAACAAAAAUGUAAAUAUCACUGAGUGGCCCAGUCAGAGCCCUGACCUAAAUCCAAUUGAAAAUUUGUGGCAUGACUUGAAGAUUGCUGUCCAUCAACGCUCCCCAAGGAACUUGACAGAGCUUGAACAGUUUUGUAAAGAAGAAUGGUCAAAUAUUGCCAAAUCUAGGUGUGCAAAGUUGGUAGAGACCUAUCCCAACAGACUCACAGCUGUAAUUGCUGCCAAAGGUGCUUCCACAAGGAUAUCCCAGAUGUUGCCACAGAGAUUCUGUCAGCGUUGGGGGCGGAAUUUCCUGUCUGCCCCCUCCCGCUGGGCAGGAAGUGACCUUGGUGCGAGGAGCUAUGAUGUCAUUGUGGUGGGUGGCGGCCAUGCUGGGACAGAGGCUGCAGCUGCAGCAACGAGAGUGGGGGCGGAGACUCUGCUGAUCACACAGCGGAUCAGCACCAUUGGUGCCCUGUCCUGUAAUCCCUCAUUUGGGGGGGUAGGGAAGGGCCACCUCCUCCGGGAGCUGGAUGCUCUGGAUGGGCUGGCGGCUCGGCUGAGUGACAGGGCCGGGGUCCACUUCAAGGUUCUGAACCGGAGCAAAGGCCCGGCGGUGUGGGGGCUGAGAGCACAAGUGGACCGAGACCAGUACCGGCAAUACAUGCAGAGUGAGAUCUUGAGCACUCCAGGGUUGAUGGUCCAAGAGGGCUCUGUUGAAGAUCUGAUUGUGCAGGAGCCUGACCCAGCGAAGCCUGGCAUUGCAAGAGUGAGAGGAGUGAGACUGGGUGACGGUGGUACAGUCCACUGCAAGGCCCUCAUUCUCACCACUGGCACCUUCCUGUCGGGGUCCCUGGGCUGGGGCACUGUGUCUACUCCGGGGGGGAGGCUGGGGGAGCCUCCCUCUCUUGGGCUCUCCUGCUCCCUCUCAGAUCUGGGGUUCAGGAAGGGGCGCUUGAAGACGGGGACCCCCCCCAGGAUCAGAAGGGAGAGCGUGGAGUUCAGCAGAAUGGAGAGACACGAGGGGGACCCCAAACCUGUACCCUUCAGCUUCCUGAACCAGCGAGUCAGCAUCAAGCCGGAGGAUCAGCUGCCCUGCUUCCUGACUCACACCGGCCCUGGAGUCGAGAGAAUCAUCAGAGAGACUCUGCACCUGAACCAGCACGUACUGGAAACCAGCAAGGGGCCCCGGUACUGCCCCUCUAUCGAGUCGAAAGUGCUUCGUUUCCCUGGACGGGCUCACCAGGUGUGGCUCGAACCCGAGGGCUUGAACUCGGAUCUCAUCUACCCCCAGGGCCUGUCCAUGACUCUGCCUGCUGAGCUACAGAGAGACCUGAUCAGAGAGAUUCCGGGACUGGAGAGAGCAGAGAUACACGCACCAGGAUAUGGUGUUCAGUACGACUUCCUGGACCCCCGUCAGCUCCACCCCUCUCUGGAAACACACAGAGUGCAGGGUUUGUUCCUAGCUGGGCAGAUCAAUGGCACCACUGGCUAUGAGGAGGCUGCUGCUCAGGGUAUCGUUGCUGGUAUCAAUGCCUCUCUCUCCUCCCUCUCGCUCCCUCGUUUCACGCUCAGUCGGACGGAAUGUUACCUGGGUGUUCUCAUCGAUGACCUCACGUCACUCGGAGUGACGGAACCGUACCGCAUGUUCACGAGCCGGGCCGAGUUCAGAACCACACUGAGACCCGACAACGCUGACCUGAGGCUGACAGAGAAAGGUUUCUCAGAAGCUCGCUGUGUGUCUCCCCAGCGGUUCUCACAGUUUCAGAGUGUGUCUAUCAGGCUGCAUGAGGCCCUGUCUGUUCUGAGGUCUGUCCGUCUGUCCGCUCAUCGCUGGAGAUGUGAGCUGCCCCACGCCCCGAUCAGCAAGGAGCGCAGCGGACUGAUCAGUGCAUUUGAGUUGCUGCAGUAUCAAGGCGUUACCAUGGAAACACUAUCCUCCAUCUUCCCACAAUCCUUAGCCACUUUCCUGGACCUCGCAGACAGACUCAAGAUUGAAGCUCUCUACCUCCCUCACUCCGUGCUGCAGAAGGAGGAGAUGGCUCUGGUUCGCAGGGAGGAGUCUCUGCGGCUGCCCCCAGGUCUGCACUACCCCUCCCUUCCCAUCUCCUUGUCCAACGAGGCCAGAGAGGCGUUGCAGGAGAGCCAGCCACAGACCCUGGGCGCGGCCGGGAGGUUGCCAGGGGUUACGCCAGCAGCCAUCGUGAAUCUGCUGCGGUAUGUGAGGGACCACGCUGAGCAAGGGAAUGAGAUGGAAAGAGAGAGAACAGACUUCGCUUCAUAGACCGGAGUGUGACAGACAGACACCCCUCAAAUGAUGUUAAUACAAACUGUCAUGCCAAUGGGAUAAGCGGUUCUCCAGUUAUAUAACCCUUACCAAGGGUUCAAACACAGUUUGGGAGGAUUCUGUUUUGCAGAUCAGCUCCUGUAGAUGCAGAACUGUCUCCAUCACAGUAUGAAGAUGGAAUUGGAUCAUCUUUCCUUCUCUGGGCUUAAAGAUCGGAUUAAAUGGGACUGCCAGUGCUUCUCCUCACAUUAACAGAGAUACAUGUAGUAUCUGUUCUGCUCUUUGAUCUCUGUGUGCUGCUGAUUAUGUUUGAACCGCACAUGUUUUCAUUGUGUUGGUUGUAUUUCUGUAGUUGUUUUGUAUGCAUUGCAAUUGUCUUUUUAUUGUGUAAAUGAAGCAUCUGUCUCAAUGGGUAAAUGUCUUGGUUAAAAAGUGUUCUGUAUUGCUUCCACUGUUUGCACUUUAUGGGAAUCACACCCCCAUUAUAUAUAUAGACAAGGUUUCAGGGUUUUUUUUAAAAUAAUUGUUUAUUUAGCAAACGGUUGCCUUAAAAAAAAAAAAAAAAAAAAUCUCUUGAAUUGAGGGAGAAAUUCAAACUUUUUUUUUAUUAUUUUAAACCAUCUCCAAAAAGACAAUUGUCAUUGAAAAAGAAAACUUGCAAUCCAGAAACCGCCACUUAAUAUAAAGAAUUAAUUAUAAAGACGAGCUUCUCCCUCCCUUAUCGUCUGUGUAGAAACCCCCAUUUAAAAAAGCAAGGACUGCAACAGCUCAAUUAAUCCUUGCAGUCACAUUAUUAUUAACAACAAUUAAAAAAAAUACUAAGAUGUAAAAUUGAACAGUUUACUUCCUGCAGUAAUAUUAAUAGUGCAUCUUUAUUGUAAAGCUGUCACGCAGGAGGGACUGAUAUUCCAAUUCCCUUAGAAUAACGGCUGCAAAUUCCUAAUUUUGGUUUAAUUACCUGGAUUCAUAACAUGUUGAAAACCAGUUUUAUAUAGUAUACUGGACUGUGGCUCCAGCAAUGGUUCAGACAGGCCCCCUAAGUUUCAAUAGCCAUAAUAUUGUAUAUUAAACUGGACUGUGGCGUGACUUGACGGGCUGAAUUCAAAAUGAAUGACUUCACACCUGUGAGGAAGUGUAGAAGAUAUUCAGAUGUUAUUCAUGUGGGAUUGAGAUGGAAUUUUGGAAUUUGCUGCUGUUAAGUGUUCCUCUGCUAUUUAAUUAAAAGGUGUUUUUUAAAAAUUAAGGUAGCUUUAAAAAAACGUACGUUUUGUUACCACUUUUAAGUAAGAUUCAAAUAAAUUGAGACAUCACUGAAUUCUCUCA